AUGACGAUGGAGACGGAUGAACUGAAUAGCUGCGGUAGCGGUAGCGACAGUGGCUCCAGCGGGAGUAGCUGCCGGGGCGGUGCUCUCCGCAGUGUCCGCUGCGCCGGGAGCAGUAGUGGAAGUAACAGCGAUGCUGGUGCCAGCAGCACCGGCAGCGACAGCACACCGCCCACGUCUUGCAGCAGUGAUAGUGAUAAGGCCAGUGAUACUAGCAGUAGUCUGUGUAGUGAAAACGAUAAGGAUAACGAAAGUGAAUCGGAGAAGGGCAAUGAGCGCAAGAGAAGUGGCGGGUGCAGGGAGGGCAAGGGAGCGAAGGACGACACUGGCGGGCGGGCCGGCGGGACGGAGACGGAAAAGGAUGCGGGCAAACCGGGCAAAGUUAUCGAGGGCAAUCUGGGGCCGCUGACAGCGACGGUGAAAUUCAUCAAUCCGUACAAAAACAACUGGAUCAAUGCCGACCGGCUGAACGAGCUAAGGAAGAAGGUGCAGGAUGCGACCAAACACCACCGGGUGUUUCUGCUGCGCGGAUCCUUCCACACCGUGCGCCGGGCGCUGGUUGAGCGCGGCUGGGUCGAGAAGCUGGACGGGUUCCGGGUGAAAGCGCAGGCUUCGACCUCGUCGUCCGGCUUCAUCCUGGAGGAUCUGGUGUCCCAGCUGCCGGACCGGAAGCCGGGCGAGUCACGCAAGAACCACAUCGCCAAGUGCGAGCGCAGCAUUAUGUCGCGCUUUCUGGAGCACACGCCGAUCGAUUUCCUGUGGACGGCCCGCCGCGAGAAGGCGGACUGGCUCGAUCUGACGAAGAACUCGUCGCUCAUAAUCAACCGGUUCGCGAAGGCCCCGUUCACGACGAAGGAGGGCCUCUGCUCGGCGCUCCACGAUUUCCAUUGGUUCUACGAGGAGGGCAUGUCCGAGACCUACUUUCCGCGGUGCUAUAACGUUUGGAACCCGGAGGAGUUGAACGAGUUUGUCGACAACUUCCGGCUGACGGCGUCCAUGGGCCUGCUCAAGUGGCUCGUCGAGCGGCAUGCGAGCGGAGGCCUCGACGCCAUCAUCGCAGACGAUGGCAACGUGCCGAGCACGUGCAUCGCGUUCUCGCUGACGCGCUGCAAGGAGUACCUGGACUACUGCCUGCACAACGACAUCGACAUCGAGGAGGAGCCGAAGGUGUGGGACCACGACUGGGAUGUGUUCCUCACGCACCACUACCUGCUCACGCACGAGGACAACCGGAUACAGCUGCUCAAGGAGGAGCGGGACGCGGACGCCAUCGUCCUCUACCUCGCCGAGGCCAAGUCGGUGCUGGAGCAGAUCAAGAGCUACUGGCCACAGUACGCGCUCGAUGGCUAUCUGAACAUCUGGAUCGUAAAGCCCGGCAAUAAAUGCCGUGGCCGAGGCAUUCAUCUGAUGAACAACAUCAAGCAAAUCAUCGCCAUGGUCAAUCCACCGAUUGUCAGCAAAACACGCUACGUUAUCCAGAAGUAUAUCGAACGGCCCCUUAUCAUUCACAACACAAAGUUCGACAUUCGGCAAUGGUUCAUGAUCACGAGCGUGCAACCGCUGAACAUUUGGUUCUACAAGGAAAGUUACCUACGGUUCAGCUCGCAGCAGUACAAUCUAAUGAACUACCACGAAUCGGUGCACCUGACGAACCAUGCAAUCCAGAAGAAGUACCACAACGCGGUACGCGAUGAGCGGUUGCCACACGAGAAUAUGUGGGACUGCCACACGUUCCAGGCGUACCUGCGCCAGAUCGACAAGUACGAGAUGUGGUCCGAGCGCAUCUACCCGGGCAUGCAGAAGGCAAUCAUCGGCUCGCUGUUGGCUUGCCAGGACAACAUGGACCGGCGGCCCAACACGUUCGAGCUGUACGGUGCCGACUUCAUGAUCACCGAAGACUUUUUUCCGUGGCUGAUCGAGAUCAACUCCAGUCCGGAUUUGGCACCGAGCACCAGUGUCACGGCGCGGCUCUGCCCGCAGUGCGUGGAGGACACGAUCCGAGUGGUUAUCGAUCGACGAACCGACCCGAACGCCCCGACCGGUUCGUUUGAGCUGAUCUACAAGCAGAUCAUCCCGAAAACUCCGGCCUACAUGGGGCUAAACUUGCAGCUGCGCGGUCACCGUAUCACGCCGAAGAGCUCCAUGAAGAAGGAUCGCAUGCGCAUGCUGCCGCUGAAACCUGUCCAGAACGUGCUGCAGGUGUCCCGGUUGGCAACGUCGGCGGCAGCUACGGCCACCGUCAAGCAGCCUGCUUCGCCGGUCAUCAUGGACCUGAUCGAGUGCAUGCAGUUCCGGGACAACAAGCAGGACGAUGAGCUGCUGGCCGGCGGUCGGCUGCGUGGGGCCUGCGGUGUAACGUCCGCCACGCUCUACAAGCGGUCCAACUUCUCGCACAAGUCCCCCAACCUGCGGUACGAUUUUGAAAAGAAAAAGUCCUACAUUAUCUCGAAAACGGGCGAACUGUUUCGGCGCAAUGGCGGCACCGGCGCCAAGUACCUGACCGACGGUGAAACGUACAUCGACAGUGUCGAGGCUUGGGAGCGGGCCACGACCAGCUUCUUCCAGCACAACUUCAACUCCAACACCCUCAGCUCACUCACUGCCAAAGCGCACGAAGCGACGGACAAAGGACAAUCGAACGGAUGCGAAGGCAAGUCUGGUGGCUCCACGAGCGCUUCCGGAGACUCGAGCGACGAGCCGAGCGAUAGCAGUCCCGAGAAGUUGUCUCUGGGUACGGUGGAGAAUGCAGCUGGCAUCAGUAUGAACCCAUCGAGUGGCUUCCCCUCGACGGUACGGUACGGCGGCAAACCAUCUGGCGGACGCAUUGGGACGACUUCGAACAACUUCUACACCCUCGGGUUUAGUCUCCGGGUUAGGCCCUCCAAACCGGUGCGUCCAACCGGCCCAACGGCCACCAAGCUGCAUCACGCCCUAUCAGCCGAGGACCUCUCGGGAGCUUCGGGAACCGACAGCCACCGAACGCACGGACCCGCCGGAUACCAUCAGCGCUCCAACACUACCGGCCUGGUGUCUGGCGGUGGUGGCAGGCCGGACCAUAGUUCCGCCAUGCUUCAGCCGCCAUCGCCAUUCUAG